AUGCAUCAAAGCACUUUACUCGCCGCUCUUCUCCUCCCCUUCGUGUCCCCCAUGUUCCUCCAUGACAUGCUCUCCACCGCCACCUGCAUCAUGGAUCCUGGGCACGAUCCGCUUGUUGCGGACAUCACCAAGAUCAUGGAGUGUGUCCCCCCCCGAUCAAAGGCAGCAGGUUCGAAAAUGGCACUGUAUAUAGCUGCGGAGAAAUAUCCAAGGCUGUGA